AUGGAGGCGAAGUGCGCAGCUAUCUGGAGCUCGGUCGAUGGGAGGAGCGAGGAGUCUGAGAUGAUUGCUCACCUGCAGUCCAUGUUCUGGAGCAACAGUGAUGCUGCUGUCAACCUUUGCCCUCCAAACACCAGUGCCAAUUCUUGUGUUACAGCUAGCACAGUGCACAGUAAUUUGUUCCUUCCUCUUGACAUGGAGAGCCAUGUUGUCACAACGCCAAUGGUUAACACUGGCAUGGACCUAUGCCUUGAUCACCGGCAUCAGACCGUUACUGGUCACAAGAGGACAUCCCAUAUGGAUGAGCAGAUCAAGAGAACUAGCAAGAAAUCCCGGACAGUUCCCUCGGUAUCAGGUGCUCUGUGUUUAAGCCUAGCUGAUAACGAGACCAAUGGUGACACUGUCAAUCAGAGCUCUUCGUCCUGCUGCAGUUCGGAAGAAGAUUUGAUUGGCGCAUCUGAGGAACCCUUUGUUCCGAACCAGGGUGACAAUUCAAGAGGUUGCAAGCGGCCUUCGAAGAAUUUGCAGUCUCUUUGUGCAAAGAGGAGAAGAGAGAGGAUCAACGAGAAAUUGAGAGUACUGCAGCGCCUGAUUCCGAAUGGAACCAAAGUUGACAUUAGCACAAUGUUGGAGGAAGCAGUCCAGUAUGUCAAGUUUCUGCAGCUGCAAAUAAAGGUCUUGAGCUCUGACGAGACAUGGAUGUACGCACCUCUCGCCUACAAUGGUAUGGACAUCAGCCUGAGUCUGAGAAUUACCGCAGACCAAGAAUGA